AUGUCGUCAGAAGAUGAUUGGUCGAAGUUGCCCACUCUGUCCAAAGUACAGCACAAGCUCUGGAACGCACGUGUGGCAGGAUACGAAGAAGCGUUCAAAAUAUUUUCAACAGAGACAAAUGGAAAAAGUCCUGUUUUUAACGAAUAUGUUGGAUUGAUGAAAAAGUUCGUGACUGAUUCUCAUGCUGGAGCUCAGGAAAAAGCUCUAGAUGCUGUCUUAGCAUACAUAGAAACAGCUGCAGCAGCUACAAAAUGCGCUGGAGAUAUUUGUUCUGGUAUCAUAUCAAAAUGUCUGGGUUCUACUCGAAUGAAAACAAAAGACAAGUCAAUUGAGUGCUUAUUGAUGCUGAUAGAAAUUGAGCGUCAUGAAUUAGUAAUAGAAGAGCUCAUUAAAGGUUUAUCAACUAAAAAUCCAAAGGUUGUUGUCGGAAGCUUACAGACUCUUCGUGAAGCUCUAAAUCUUUUUGGUCCAACUGUUGUUCCGAUCAAACCUCUUUUUAAAGAGUUUGGACGACUACUUGAUGAUCGAGACCAAGGGAUCCGAAAUGAAACGAAAAAUCUCAUCGUUGAGGUUUACAGAUGGAUAGGAGUAACCACAAAAGACCUAUUAAAGGAUAUCAAACCAGUUGUGAUGACUGAGUUAUGUGAAUUAUUUAACUCUAUUCCACCCGGAAAACCUGUUCGAUUAAGAUAUUUACGCAGUCAAAAACCUAAAGAAAUUACUCCAGAUACUGGGGCUGAAAGUAAUCCCAUUGAUGACGCUAUUCCAGGUGGAACUUUAACCGACCAGGUUGAUUUGGAUGAUAUGAUUACUCCUGUUGAAGUUCUUAGCAAAAUCCCCAGCGAUUACUGGCAACAAAUAGGGGAAAAGAAGUGGCAAGAUCGGCGUGACGCUUUAGAGGCACUUGAAAAAAUUACGAACGUUCCUCGGAUUGUUCCAGGUGAUUUCACAGACCUCGUAAGAAGCUUGAUUCAGGUUAUAAAUAAAGAUACUAACAUAAUUCUGGUGACUCUUGCUGCUAAAAUUUUGGGACAAAUAGCAAGAGGGUUAAAGUCUAAGUUCAGUCCUUACUCCCAACAAACCUUACAAGCGUGUUUAGGGAAGUUUAAAGAAAAGAAACCUAAUGUUGUUCAAGCUCUAAGAGAAUCUGCUGAUGGUGCUGUAUCUUCGGCUUCGCUAGAUCAUUUUGUGGAUGAUAUUGUAGCUGCAUUAAGUCACAAAACACCAAAUGUACGUGCAGAAGCAGCCUUAAUUCUAAGUAGAGCGUUCAAAAAAUGUUCUGCCACAUCACUAAACAAAAAGGUUUUAAAAUCAUUUACUGUACCGUUAUGUGUAACAUGCAACGAUACUGUUCCUGAAGUGCGUGAAUGUAGUUUUGCUGCGCUUGGUGCUGCAAUGUUCGUCGUGUCGGCAAAAACUAUCCAGCCCUUUCUCAGCGAACUCGAUUCCAUCCGGCUGGCGAAAAUCAAUGAAUGUUGCGAACGAAUAGCGUCUGAACUUAGUAAUUCAAAUAACUCUGGUAACCAACUAACUGCUCCUUCGACAAAUAUGUCUACAUCUGCUAAACCCAAUACUGUACCACGUCGUGCAGCACCACCAGUCACUCGUCCGAAUACAGCGUCCAGUGGCACUGGAGAGGCUAAUUCCGAAUGUGCUACUAAAACACCAACUUCUGGGCCAUCUAGUAAAAAAUCGACAGCACGUACGAAAUCUGUUAUUGAGAAAUCGAAAUUCACCAUUCCAACAGAAAACUUGUUAACAGAGGAUGAAAUAUCUCAGAAAGCUUCUGAGCUUCUUGGGGAAGCACUUAUCAAGCAAUUAUCUGAUACGAAUUGGAAAGAACGCUUGCAAGCGGUUGAACAAAUGAAAUCUAACAUACAUUCCUUUACCAGUUCUGACGUACCUACUCAAAUUUUGUGUCGUGCUGUUCUACUUAAGCCUGGAAUCAAGGAUACUAAUUUUCAGGUGCUGCGCGCUCGAAUUGAAUACAUCGAAGCAGUUUUGUCUUUAAGCGUCUCUAUCAGUUCAAAUUUGGCUGAGUUACUUUUAUCAGAUUUGAUUGAGAAGGUUGGUGAUACGAAAGUCGGUGACGUCACAAAAAUUGCGAUGACAAAAUUGGCUGAGAAAACAAGUCUCGAAUUAGUUGGUGGUUUUAUAAUGCGCACACUAUUUCAGAUUAAAAAUCCUCGCAGUCAGACCGAAGGUUUGGCUUGGUUGAAUCAAAGCAUUCAGGAAUUCGGAUUUUGUAUUCCACCACAAGAAGUUGGACCACUUCUAAAAACAGGCCUCAAUGCAACUACCCCUUCUGUUCGUCAAAAUUCACUAAAUCUUGCUGGGACAAUUCAUUUAUAUCUCCAUGAUCGUUUGCCAGCUCUCCUAGCGGAUGAGAAACCGGCUUUAAUUACGUUACUGAACGCGGAAUUUGCGAAAAACAAAGACAAAAAAGCUCCUGCUCCAACUCGUUUUUCUGCUGCCCAAACUCUUCUCAAAGAAUCAGUGUCUGCUGUACCCAGCGGAACUGAAGCAUUGUCUAGAGAUAUAGAAACUACCGGUCAAAUAGAGGAGAUGGACUCUGAUGUAUUACUUCCAAAAGUAGAUAUCAGUGACCGACUCACACCUGAACUCCUGGGACUUCUGAAAAGCAAGGUUUGGAAAGAACGUUUAGAAGCACUGACUACUAUUGAAAAAUUUAUAUCUCCUUCCCAUUUGAUUGAUGCUUCAAACGGAAAGCUUCAAGAACCUUUGACUAUGAUAGCUAAAGCAGCUAAUGAUGUGAAUAAAAACUUGGCCAAACAAGCUUUGAUAAUCCUGUCUUCCUUCGCUUCAUCAAUACCGAAAUCAGACGCUGUGAAUUACAUAAAGUAUGUUGAACCCCCUAUUUUACUCUGUCUUGGUGAUUCAAAAGUUCAAAUACGUGAGGCAGCUGUAACUGCACUUAGCUCUUGGCAAAGUCGAGUUCCCAUUUUAUCAGUAUUUGAAAAUGACAUGUUAGCUGAUGCCUUAAAGAUGGAAAAUCCAUUUUUACGAGCCGAAUUACUACGUUGGCUUCAAGAUGUUCUCUCACCUAUGCCAUUAAACGCCCUGCGGAAAAACGCUUCAGAAAUAACAGAGAAUCUAAUACCUCAGGUAUUUGCUUCUCUUGAAGAUCGUAAUGUUGAAGCUCGUAAACAAGCCCAACUAGUUCUUCCUUCAUUAAUACAAGUUUUUGGCUGGGAACCUGUCUUAAAGUCUACCAAUCGUUUGAAGCCCACCUCAAAGGAUUCAAUUAUGCCUCAUUUGGAGAAAGCUCGUGAAAGUGUAGUUAAUUCACAUCCCUCAUCCAUUGAGAAAAAAACCUCUUCUCCAUCUAAAGCGGUACGUGUAGGUAAUGGAGCACCUCCACAACCUUCCUCAAAUGCCCCAGCUACUACUCCAGAAAAUAGCGAGGAAUCUGAAAAUGCUACGCAAUCUUCAGUCAAUACCUCAAAGUCUGUUUCCGAUACGAAGAAAAAGGCUGAUAAUAAAAAGUCUAUCAACACGUCUAAAAAGUCAGGUCCGGAACUGGCAACGACAUCCAUAAUUCUUCCGCCAAAUAAGUCAGCUAAGAGUUCUAGGUUAAAUGAUGAGAAAAAACGCAAGCUUUUAAAAUGGGAUUUCGAUGCUCCAACAAAAGACCACAUACAACAAUUAAGUACAUUAUUCACUGCAGCUGGAACCGCUCCUGAAUUUCAUGCACUUUUAUUUCAUACCGACUUUAAACAACACAUUAAGGCGAUUGAACAGCUUUCUCAAUUACUAGAUACCACUGAAGGCUGUGAGGCUACUGUAAUAAAUGUAGAUAUUAUCUUGAGAUGGAUUGUUCUACGAUUCUUUGAAACUAAUCCAGUUGUUUUAGGCAGAUGUAUGGAUUAUCUAACAAAAUUAUUCGUUUUUAUGUCAGAGUCUGGAGCAAAUCUUUCUGAACAUGAAGGUGGUUCAUUUCUUCCUUAUUUGGUAAUGAAAGUGGGUGAACCUAAAGAUAUAAUUCGACAGAAUAUUCGAGGAAUAUUGAAACUUGUGGUUAAUCUCUAUCCACCCAGUCGUCUAUUCACAUUUCUCACUAAUGGGACUAAGGCCAAAACAAGUAAAACAAGACAAGAGUGCUUGGAUGAGAUGGGUUCUCUGAUUGAUCGUUUUGGAUUAAAUGUUUGCCAGCCUUCUAUUCCCGUUGCAAUCAAAUUGAUCGCUCAACAAAUUGGUGAUCGUGAUAGCGGAGUUCGAUCAGCAGCUUUGAAUGCUUUACUUUCUGCGUAUGCUGUUAUUGGUGAACAGAUAUGGAAGGUUAUCGGUGAUAUACCAGAAAAAGAACGUUCAAUGCUGGAAGAACGUAUCAAACGAGCUGGGCAAAUACCGAUCAAUACUGUAGAUAAUUUUGAACCAAAGACACCGUCUGUAAGACCGAGCACUGCAAGACGCGAUCCAUCAGAUUCACGUAAUCCUCUAGAGCCUGUUCCUAACGAAUUUCGCCGUCAGCAACCGGUUUCUGCAGCUCAUGCUAGAGCGCGUGCUAUGUUGAAUGAAUUAGGUGAUUUAUCACCUGAGAAAGCUCCAUGUAUGCCUCCACUUAUUCAGUUAGAUGCUGAUAUAAAUGAUCUUUUCCAACCAGUUGAAAUUCCAGCAUUGAAAGCACACGUGCGCCAACCUGUUCUCAAUGCACUGUUACGAACAAGUCCUGAUACUGCUUCGGCGAUCACAAUGGUCGUAACGGCUAUAUCUUCCAAUGAUUUACUAAUCAGUUGUCAUGCUUUGGCCGAAAUCGACACUGUUCUUAGAGAUGAAAAGUGGUACCUUUUACUCAAUCAUGUCAAUCAAGUCCUGAUGCUUAUUACAAUGCAGUUACGCCAAGUUACUUCGCGAUAUUUUGGAGAUCCUUCAGUUUCAGAGGAGCAAUUGCAUACAUUAAUUCGGUCUCAUUUGGCCACUAUCGAAUCUCUUUUUAGUCGUCCAACAUUAGGUCGCGAAGCUUCACGGGAAACUUUAAGAGAAUUAUCCCAGUCUCUCCUUCAAAUGAUGUUGGAUGAAAGGACUGCUGAAAUGUCCAGUGGAGAAAAUGUUAUCAGAUCGAUCAAUGCAUUAUUUGUUCUUAUUUUGGAGGCUUCCAAUGGAACACGUAUACUCAGUGCGCUCAUUCGGUUACUACAUGAAUGUAUCAGUAACGGACACUUUACAAAUCGAUUCACACAAGCUAUCCUCAAAAGUAUAUGGCGUAUUACUAAGGGGAUGAAUACUGCAUUUAAUAAUUACUCUGUGGAUGUCAUACUUCUGGACUGUCAUCAUUUUUUAAAGGCUUUCCCACCUUCCUCAUGGAGUGCACGGAAAUCAGAUGUUCCUUUACGAACAAUCAAAACCCUAUUGCAUGUAUUAUGUGGCCUCCAAGGUCCAUCAAUUUUACAGUUUCUAGAAAGUAUACCUAAUAAGGAAGAUUCAGAACUGGAGUCCUACCUCAUUCGCACACUAAAAACUACUUCAGGAGUUACAACUACCUCUGAUUCCAAAAAAAUACUGGCCUCUGAAAGUCAUUCAAAAGGAUUUGUACUUUCUACUGCAACUCGUGAGAAAUUAACCGAAAUAUUCAAGAAGGUUGGAUCUAAGAAACCUGAUGAGGGUUUAAAUGAACUAUACGAUUUCACUCAACUCUAUCCAGAUGUAGAUUUAUCGUCAUACUUAACAAACACAAGCCAAUUUUUCCAAGCCUACAUAAAACAAGCUUUACGAAAUAUAGCUGUUGAACGCGCCCGUCAGGCUAGACUAAGUGCAAAUGAUAAAGAACCAAACACAUUAGCAGCUCAUCAAACUAAUGGCAUUUUAGCGCGUCCUAAUUGGAAUCCAGAUUUUGAUGCAGAUAUUUCUAAUGGCCAACUAACUGAUCCCAAAGUAUUUAUGAAUCGAUUGGCGAUGCUACGAAGAGAACUGGGUCUUGGUGGUGUAUCUACAACGAACAUUGAUGAUAAUAUUGGGCCAUCUGAUGAAGCUGGUUCACAAAAUACAGCCUUUGAAACAACUCUUCGAAAUAUGGUUCAACCAAAAGGUGAUUCUCCUGAUGAAAAUGUUCGACCUGAAACAGAACAAAGGCCUACUAUGUCCACCACUGAACUAAUGGAUUUGAAACGAAGACUAGAUCGAAUCAAAAGUGCCCAAAAGCAUUGA